AUGUUGGAAGCGAGUUGUGAACAGUUCGCUUACGUCGCUAGCAGAGUUGGGGAGCAAAAGGCAAACAUGAACUGUUCUAGUCGACCCGGCAGACACGGGACACCCGUGUUCACCAGGGCAACACGCCUCGGAACAUCCAAGCCUGACCUGGAGAGAGAUUCAGGCUUCUCAGACGCCAGCUCUGAGAACCUCAGUACAGUCGAUCUGACCGACUCUGAAGAUGCAGGAAGGCCGGGGUCCAUAUUCGGCCAGUACCCAGCGGCUCCACAGGUGGCUCUGAUGGGAGGCUCAUACGCUGCACUGUCUCCAAUGAUCAUCAUGAACAACUUAGUCCUCAAUCAGCCAUCCAUGAUGGCUCCAGCAGAAAAUCAGUGGGGGUUUUCUUCACCCUUGGAAGUGAUGCCUCAAUCGCAGGUGGUUCUUCUCCAACCCAUGGUUUCUAAUGGCAGCAGCAGCUCUGCAAACACUUGCUCUGAAAAUAGCCGACAUUCUAAAGGCCACACGCCUGUCGUCAAGUCAUACCCGAGAAUCGCCCCUCACCCCAAAGACGUGCCCACUAAAAGGGUGGGAUCCCCCAGGAUGAGGGGACAUUCAACAUCCGAAAAUGACCAGCAGCACAGGAGGCAUCGCCACAGCCACAGGUCUUACAGCUCGCCCAGCCUACAGCUGCCACUGCAGUCUCCUGUUAAACCCAUCGCCAACUCCCAAGCAGCAAACCCUCCGACACAGGCAGCUGAGAGUCAGGAGCAUCUUACUGACACCCCUCUCUACCCACUGGCAGGAACCAGCACUCUGCCCCCCUGUACAGAUGAGUUCAGGACAGAGAUGGACGACGACGGGAUCCAUGCUGACAAAUACCAGGACGACCUCUCAAUGGACAAUGAUAAGCUGAAACGCUUCAGCAAUACCUACAAUAUUCUCGACAAGUCGGGUUUGCUGGGGAUCACCUUGCGCACAAAGCAGCUCAUGAAGGAGAACAAGCGCACCCAGGGCCAGCUGCAGCAACUUCAAGAGCAGACGGCUCUGCUGCUGGAGGCUCUGAGCAGCAGAGACCCACAGAUCUGGACUAAACUCCAGCUUUCUCUGCAGGACACAGAUAAGGACCAGUGGGGAGCUAAAGGUCCGAGACACCUGGCAUAAUGUAUUGGUGCAUGUGACCAGAGAUUCUCAAUCUGGGGGACACAAUACAAUUUGCCGAAUGUGAAAAAGAUAGUUUCAAGAAAAGCUUUCUUUUUUGUGAAAUAGUCAACACAUCACCCAGCAUUUCAAUUAACCAAAAAAAGUGAACUAAACUCAAUGCUUUAAUGCUUUUGACAGCAGGUUGUUAGUACAAAUGGUCUUAUAUCCACAGAUAAUGGAGAAAAAACACUCAGAUGGUCUAAUCUCUAAAUAUGAAGCUGUAGCACAUUCUCUCUUACUAAGUGGGAGUUAGGUAGCAUGCUUACAUUUCAAACCUUUGCCUAUAAUAGUUUUUCUAGCCUCUGCUGUUUCAAAGAGCAGGUAUCGCUUGCAAUAGGGCUAGGCCUUCUAUACACCAAACUGCUGUCUGCACAAGCGCAUGCCUUACAGCAUGGGAGCGCACAUGGGGUUAAUUCCUUAUACAUGCUUUGACGCUCUGAUCUGCGGAGA